AUGAUGAUGUCGAUUUUCAGCUCCUUCGACGUUCUGUCAGGGGAAUUCUUUGGGCAGAAGAUCAAUAAGCUGCCAUCGGGCCUGUGCAGGCAAGCCGACGGCGGCGAUUGGACGAAACUGGACGGCGGGAAGUCGCCGUCGUCGUCGCCGCCGGCGGCGGCGGAGAAGAAUAGGCAGGAAGGCGAGGGAUCUCAUCAGGUGAGUGGGAAACGGCUGGCGGCGGGUACGAGGUUCGCCGUGGAGUUGGAUGGGGUUCACUGUUUCGAGACAAUUGUUUGUUACUGA